AUGCAAUCUGAUGAUUCUAAUAACAUUAAAAAGGAAGAUGGGGAAAGUGAGGAAAAUGUAAAUGAUUUGGGAAGCUUACCAAGUAAUUAUGACUGGUUUAGGUCACAUGCAGAUACAAUUUACACAUCUAAAAAGCCAUUAAUAGUGGGAGUUUUUCAGGAUCAGUCAGUUGAAUACAUCACAAAAACUGUACAAUACUUAAAACUUGAUUUAAUCCAAUUACAUGGAAAUGAGCCACUUGAUAUGCCAAAAUUCUUACCUAGGCCAGUAAUUAAAGCAUUUCAUAUUGAUGAAAAUUUUUGUGCUCCAACACUAAUCACACAACCAGGAUAUCAUCAGUAUUGUCUUUUAGACACUAAAACAAAAAAUAAUAAAGAUGCUGGUCAAACUCACGAAGGAGGGUCCGGAAUAAGUUUUGAUUGGAAUAUAGCAUUAAAGAUUAAAAACAGUGUUAAAAAUUCAAAAACUGGUAAAGUCAAUGAUGAAUUUCCAAUAAUUUUGGCAGGAGGAUUGAAUCCUGAAAAUGUUAAGGAGGCAAUUGAAAAG